GAACUGCAGUUUGAGAGACUGACUCGAGAACUUGAGGCUGAACGUCAGAUUGUAGCUAGCCAGCUGGAGAGAUGUAAGCUUGGAUCAGAAACUGGAAGCAUGAGCAGCAUUAGUUCAACAGAAGAGCAGUUUCACUGGCAAACACAAGAUGGUCAGAAGGAUAUAGAAGAUGAGCUCACCACUGGUCUGGAGCUGGUGGACUCCUGUAUUAGAUCACUGCAGGAAUCAGGGAUACUCGAUCCACAGGACUAUUCAGCCAGUGAAAGGCCCAGCCUCCUCUCCCAGAGUGCGCUCCAACUCAAUUCCAAACCUGAAGGGUCCUUCCAGUACUCGGCCAGCUACCACAGCAACCAGACCCUUGCCCUGGGCGAAACAGCAGCCGCCCAGCUUCCAGCCCGCAGCAGUCAGGCCAGAGGUGCCAUCCAGAGCUACAGCCAGAAGAGUGUUGAUAGAGGCAUUGGACCAGAGCAGAGUGAUACCUCGAGUGAAGCCAUAAGGAAGGUUCUUUGGGCUGACAGAAAAAAAAUAGCCCUCAAUAGACUGGCAAGUCUUGCAGUCACUGAAAGGGCACAGAGCAUCGCCGAGAUUGUGAAACAGAGCUGGACCCUUAAAAGACCACCCGUGUCUCUCAAAAACAGGAUGGUCAAGUUUGCUGCCUAA